AUGUAUCUGGACGACAUGCUGGAUCGACGGCGCAGCCAAGUUUUCAACAGAGACGCCUUGCCUCCGGUACUCUCGCCCGCAGCCAACGAAUACUUUCUGCGCAUCCUUGCGUUCCUUUCGGAAUUCGUCGCAGCCGUCCUUUCGAUCGAGGUGGUAGAGGCUCAAACCAAGCUGCUCGCGCUCGACAUCUCGGGCUGUCUGUUCCUUCAUUCCUUUACGGCGCUUGGUCUGCUUGGUGGCCCUGCCCCGUUCAUGGCCCUACUGCUUGACAAGGAUCCUGGUCCCAAGCCGAUCCAUCGCAUGUCUCGUGCCACCCGCCGGAAAUUUGACCACUGCGUCGAGGUCGCUCGUCGCUACGAAGUGCAUCCGGAACGAAUGCCCGCCGAUGCAGGAUUGCCUACCGAGCUCGAUAUCGUCGAUGGAGCUCCGCCGCCGCCUCCCGAUCGUUGGUCGCUCAACAGGGUCGAGUAUUCGCAUGCCAUCGAGCUGUUCUUCGAUGGCGUCAGCGAGCGCUUCCAUUUCGCCCGCCAGGGUGCCAUCCACUGA